UACAUUCAACUUUGGUUGUUAAAAUGCAUUGGCGUGUGCACGUCACAGCCAUAAUUGACUUUAACAACGCUUUCUUCAACAAAUUUCAAUAAACAACAUUCAAUUUUUUAGAAGAAAAAAAUUCUUCGUUAUUUUCCUAUUGCAGAUUAUCUCUCUCUUUCACCUACCAUCCCAUUCUUUGCUUUAAUUCUUCACUUUCUCUCUCCUCACUUUCUCUCUCUACAAUUGGCGUGUGUCUCUUGCAAUCUCCGAAAGGUCUGUUAGAUUUGAAGCAGAAGAAUGGACUUCUUUGCUAGAGAUAUUAACGAGGAUUCUAUCCUUAGGUGUCCUUUCUUGAGGAACAUUAAUGAACCCACUAACUUCUCAUUUGUUUCACCUUUGGCUUUUCCAAUGCCUGCGCGUGCAGCUAAAGGUCCAAUUUUUGAAGAUGGUCCCAAUUUUGAUUUGGCAUUCAGGCUUUUCCAUGGGAGUGAUGGUGUAGUUCCCUUAUCGGAGAGAACUUUUCAGUGUUUCGACAAAGUGAAGCCUGAAGCUCCGAAGUCCCAAUUCAAUCCUUUGGCUGCAAAGGCAGCAACUAUUAGCCUGUCAUCAUUUGGAUUUGGCGGGCCUUUCGGUUUUGACUCAUUUCAUGAGAAGUGGAAGAACCAGAAUAAAAAAUCCAAGUCCUCAAAAAAAGAACCUUCUUCAAAGGAUGGUUCGAAGCAUGAGGCAGGCAAUGACUGGCUGCAAAAUGGGAAUUGCCCGAUUGCAAAGUCAUACCAGGCUGUUAGUAAAGUGCUUCCGCUUGUAGCAAAGGUUAUUCAGCCUCCUGCUGGUAUGAAAUACAAGUGCCCACAGGUAAUAGUUGAGGCCCGGGCGGCUAUAGCACGCACCGCAUUUGCAAAGAAUCUUCGCCCUCAGGGCUUGCCGACAAAAGUUCUUGUGAUUGGAAUGAUGGGGAUGGCAGUUAAUGUUCCCCUGGGUGUAUGGAGAGAACAUACGGAGAAAUUUUCACCAUCAUGGUUUGUCGCUGUCCAUGCAGCUGUUCCAUUCAUAGCAAUGCUUAGGAAGUCGGUCUUAAUGCCUAAAUCAGCGAUGGCAUUUACUAUUGCAGCAUCAAUUUUGGGCCAAGUAAUCGGCUCCAGAGCUGAGAGGUACCGUUUGAAGGCGGUUGCUGCAAAAAAGCUGACUGCAAUAGAAGCUUCUGAUGUUGGUUCGGUUCAGUUACCAGUGGUUAAAUCUGAUGUUGGUUCGGUUCAGUUACCGGUGGUUAAAUCUAAAGACAGGCACUGUGGUGAUGAGGCCAUGAAGUGGAAUCCAGCUUCUCUUCAGCUGACAGCAACUUCAUCAACUGAUGUAUUUUGUUGAUGGCUGGUUUCUUGUAUGUGUUAUGCAGUGUAAUUGUGUCUGUACUCUGAGUGUGUAUUUUGUUACUCCCUUUUCACAUUGAAUGCCUCGGCUGGCAAAUUGUUUUAUCAAUUUAGACUUUUUUUCUUUACUUUUCUUUAAUGCUCAAGUAAUAAUGCUUGCAAAGACAUAAGUAAUAAGUAAAUAAAAGGCCGAUACAAAACUAUUGUAUUGGCUUUAUUUGAGUGAUUCAUUACUU